AUGUCCGACACCGGCCGUCAAUCGCUCACCGACAAGGCCACCGCCGCGCUCAAGCCCGACUCUGAGAAGUCGACGACGGAGCACAUCGGCGACAAGUUCCGCGGGAACGUCGACUCGGCGCAGUCCACGAUGCAGCCCCAGAACGACAAGUCGACGACGCAGCGCAUGGGCGACGCCGUCAGCGGCAACCAGAACGAGACCCAGCCGUCGUUGACGCAGAAGGCCAAGGACGCGUUGGGCUUCGGGGGCAGCAACAACUAG